AUGUCAGUUUCACAAACAAUUGUUGGUAAUGGACGUAAAAUUGUAUCAUUCAAUUUACAAGGAAUUGAUAAAGUUUUACCAUAUAUCGCAAAACGUAUAGCAUGGGCAGCAAAAUUAUCAGGUAUUAAAACUGUUGGACCAUUACCAUUGCCAAGUACCAGUAGACAAUGGACUGUAAAUAAAUCACCACACACAGAUAAACAUUCACGUGAUCAAUAUGAAAUGAAAGUAAAUAAAAGAUUGGUUCAAAUCGAUGCUCCAGUUCAAACAGCCGAUAUGUUUGUUAAAUUCGUUCAAACUAAAUUACCACCAAUUUCUGCAACUGUCGAUAUCAAAAUAGAAGAAAGAGUUUAUCUUCCAACUGAAGAUUUUUAUUCUGAUAAAAGAAUUGCUUAA